AUGAGCCAGUCGGGAGAUCUCUCAAAUCAAGACAUGCAGAAUGGAACGAGACCGGAGCCCAGGGGCUCCAUCAAUGGCAUACACGCUGGAAUAUCGACCUAUCGACUGGUGCGCGAAGGCUACCUGACGCCCGAAAUCAUCCAAAUGCUGGUUAGACGUUACGCCGAGCAUUAUCACCCGUACCUGCCCUUGGUCCCGCGCAAAUACUUCGACCCUGCUCAACUGGACGUCUUCGCGGUCAAUGAUAAACAUCUAAUGACGGCCGUCAUCACCAUCUCAUCCAAGGACCUCAUUGAACAACCGACGAUCCAUACCUGCUGCUCUCGAUACAUGCACGAUUUGAUAUCUGGGAUCGCCGCUGGCCAUGAUUGCGAAGUCGAGGCGGUCGAGGCAUUGCUGUUGCUCGCUGAAUGGGAGCCGCAGGGUCUGCGGAACCGGAUCGAGGCUGUGGGCAGAGGCGAGGAGGAUCGCUCGGCCUGGAUGCAUGUUGGGAUGGCGCUUCGCACAGGUUAUUUCUUGGGUCUGGACCGGACUGCGUUUCGACAAGAAUCUGCCGAAGAGGCGAGAAUUGACGGACGCAAGCGCCUGGCUUGGGCCAACUGCUACGUCUCGGAUCGACUGAUAUCGGUGAGAAUUGGGAAGGCAUUCUGGUCGAGGGGACCUGGACCCAUGACUGGCCUCUCCUCCCAAGAUUUUCCCUCAUUACAGCCACUCAGUCCUGACGACGAGGACUAUGCCAAAAUCAUGCAAGCCACCUUGGAUCUCACCCAGCUCUACUCCAAUGUGCACGAUGUUCUCUACUCCGGCAUGCGCACCAGUGGACAGAUGAUGCUCAUGGGAGAUUAUGUCAAGUACGUCGACGAUUUCCGCGCCGCCAUUGCUCGCUGGAACACGACCUGGGGCAAACUGGAGUGCUCUCCUUAUAUCAAGGUCACACUGCAGAUGGCGUAUGAAUAUCUUUGUCUGUACACCAAUGCCUUUGCUUUCCAAGCGGCAAUCGCUCAAGCAAUUGCCAGCAAGCCCAAGAGUGACGCCCAUUCACUGAGGGACCAUCUUCGAAGUGUGUUCAGCAAUGUCGGUGCCAUGCCAGAUGCACGCUUCAUUUGGGCCAGUGUGGCCGCCGCGAAAGCCUACCUGACGCUUCUCAGCACGCAGGUGGACCCGAGCAAGUAUCUGCGAUACAUGCCGCUGAGAUAUUACCUCUACUGCAUUUAUUCCGCGGUCUUCUUGUACAAGGCACGCUCGUUUGGUGUGAUGACGGACAUGGAAGAGCGCCAAGUGCGACAACUGGUCUUCCAGACCAUGGAAGUGCUCAAACGAGCGUCUGUCUCUGCCCAGGAUCCGGGAUCGCGCUAUGCAAGGCUAUUGGAGCUGUUGUGGAUUAGACCGCAAAAGGGGCCUUCGCAACUACCGCCUCCAAUUCAAUCUCCCGCAGCAUCAGACGGGCCAUUGUCGUCGAGUGGCAGUGUCCACGUCGAUGCCCAAGGCUAUAUGCAAUUCAGCCCGGCAAAUGACUUCUCGUGGCUGGACCUCGAGGCGGUCGGCGACUACGUCUCUGGCGAUCAAAUCACAGGCAAUGGGAUGAACAUGCUUGCCCCGAUGGUGGGGUUCGAGUCGACGUCGACUUUCAUGCCUCAGGCGCAGGCUCAGGGAAUGCAGUGGCAGCAGACCAACAAUGCGGUGAACUGGCCAGUGGACUGGAAUGGCAACCUGUUCUUCUGA